UCCUCCGUAUUCAACAGAUAAGACAACACUACACACUCACAAUGUGGCACCGAGUUCUGGUAUUGUGGAUAACUGGACUUAUACAAGUAUACACAGCACAAGAGGCGUGUCCUGAGGGAUUUUUCCAACAUGGGACUUCCUGUUACUUCUUCUCCUCCCACCUGGCGGCAGACUGGAUCGAGGCGGGGUCUUUCUGCAGAAGGUUCAAUGGUGGAGAUCUCGUUGCCAUAGAAACACAGUCUGAAAACACGUUUAUUUACCAGCAAUUACUUUUGAUGCAUGAUCAUAAUAAUUUCUGGAUCGGAGGGACGGACGAGUUUGUAGAGGGACACUGGGUCUGGAUUCCCACGAUGCAGAGGCUGGGCUUCACCGACUGGAGUCCGGGAAACCCAAGCGACAGCAGCUCUAACGAGGACUGCAUGGAGAUCAUUGUGGGUCACUCGGCGCCGACCACCCACUGGAACGACGACGACUGCUCCAAGAAAGCCAACUUUAUCUGCGAAGUCCCGAUGUUAGAUGGUUCACCUCCAAAUGUAAUUGGAUGAUCUGAACUUGAUGUUUAAUGACAAAAAAAAUAAACCAUCGUAACGUGCACGUGGUUCAUGAUCGAUAAGACCGG